AAAGUGAAAAAGCGUGCCAAGUUAUUGGACUGAAAAGUAAUCAAGGAUAGGAAAGGUACGUCGAUCAAUCCAUUCCAAUUUUUGACCACAAAUGUCAAAAUCAGGGCUCCCAAGUUAUCCACAUACCAUAUGCUUUUAAACCUCUGCAAAAAAAGACCUGAGGAACAAUUUCUAGUUAUUUGUUUCUUUUGUUCGUAAAUUUUCCCCAGAAGGGAAAAAAUUAUGGAUGAUGAGCGUGUUCGAGUCCUCCUGGUAACCUUUCCGGCGCAGGGCCAUAUCAACCCCUCUCUCCAGUUCGCCAAGCGCCUUGCGAGAAUGGACGUUGACGUCACUCUUUUGACGGCCCUUUCCGCUAUCAACCGCAUUACAAAAGCCACCACCAGUAGUACUCCACGAGGCAUAACCUUUCUUGGCUUUUCCGAUGGCUACGAUGACGGCUUGAAAGCCGACACUGAUUUCGAAGUCUACAUGGCUGACCUAAGGAGACGUGGUUCGGAGACAGUAGCCAAACUCGUCACUUCUAGUGGUGAAAAUGGAAAACCCUUUGUGCAUGUGGUGUACACCAUCCUUCUUUCUUGGGUAAGCCAAGUUACACGUGCCCUUCACGUGCCCUCCACUUUCCUUUGGAUUGAACCAGCGGCCAUCUUGGAUAUUUAUUACUAUUCCUUCUAUGGUUAUGGAGAUGUCAUCAGGAACAAUGUCAAUGACCCCUCAUGGUCAGUAGAAUUACCCGGAUUGCCACGGCUCACUGGCCGUGACCUUCCCUCUUUUUUAUGUGCUCCAAACCUGUGUAAAUUUGAGCUUUCGCUGUUUAAAGAGCAUAUAGAUACUUUGGGUGAAGAAACAAAUCCGAAAGUACUUGUAAACUCUUUCGAUGCAUUGGAAUCUGAGGCACUACGAGCUAUUAAGAAGUUAAAUUUUGUCGCUAUUGGACCAUUAAUUCCGUCAGCUUUCUUAGACAGGAAGGAUCCAUCUGACAAUUCUUUUGGAGGAGACCUGCUUCAAAAAUCAAACGACCAUAUCGAAUGGUUGGAUUCAAAGCCAAGAGGAUCCGUUAUUUACGUGGCAUUUGGAAGCAUCUCUGAAUUAGCAAAGCAACAAACAGAGGAGGUCGCAUGUGGUCUGCUUGAUUGCGAAAGGCCAUUUUUGUGGGUGAUGAGAGGAAAGGGAAAUGAUGAAAAAGAAGAAGAUAAGGUACUGGGUUACAAAGAGGAAUUGGAGCGGCAAGGUAUGAUCGUGUCGUGGUGUUCUCAAGUGGAGGUUUUGUCACAUUCAUCCGUGGGUUGUUUUGUGAGUCACUGUGGGUGGAAUUCUUCGUUGGAGAGCUUAGUUUCUGGGAUUCCGGUGGUGGCUUUUCCACAAUGGGCAGACCAAGCGAUGAAUGCCAAACUUAUUGAAGAUGUUUGGAAGACGGGGGUUAGAUUGAUGAAAAAUGGAGAAGGAAUUGUUAAGGGUGGUGAGGUUAAGAGGUGCAUUGAAAUGGUGAUGGGAGGGGGAGACAGAGGGGAGGAAAUGAGAAACAAUGCUAAUAAGUGGAAGGAUUUGGCAAGAGAAGCUACCGCGGAAGGUGGAUCGUCGGACAAGAAUCUCAAUGCUUUCGUUGAUGAGGUUAGAGCUCAUUAGAGCUUGUUUUAGUCUAUUCGAACCUCAAUUUCCAGCCCAUAAAUAAGUACAUCAACUUAUUCUUGGUAGGAAUUGAACCACAACUUCACUGCAUGCACUUAAAUCCAUCUACAUAAUCGUUAACGGCCCCGAUUUCUUAUGUACUCUCUCCGUCCGGAUUUAAUAGUCAUUUUUUGGAGUUCGUGUCAUUUUUCAAUCAAUUAUAUCUUUCAAUUUAUAAUGUUUUACGUGAUUUCGAAAACAUUGUAUUAUAAAACUAAUUGAGAUCUAUCAAACAAGAUGCAUAUUUGAUAAGAAAUUCAUUACAGAUUUAAAGAUAUAACCCGUUUUUUAGCCGGUUAGAAUAGAACUAGGAAAAAUUAAAUCCGGACGGAGGUAAUAUAAUCUUGUUAGGACUGGUUGGUUUUGAUUGUCUUCUUUGACCACUGCCAUUAGCAAAGUUGUAUCUUCAGAAUCAGAAUCAUUGUGGCCCUAACAAUUUUAAAAAUAAGAAAAAGGAAAAAAACAGAAAAAGAAAAAGAGGAAGACGUACUAGAAGGUAAUAGUAGAAAGUGUCUAGUUGGACGAUUAGUUAGUUUUUUUUUCUUUUUCUGAUCAAUAAAAAGUGUGUCUAGUUAGAUAGUUAAGUUUUUUGCACUUAAUUAAUCUAAUCUUACGUCUCCCAGCAUUAAUUGAAAUGUGUGUAAGUUAGUUCAGAAACCUGAGUUAUCAGAAAUGGUUUACCAAUUCAUGAAGAUGCUUUUUUAGUCUUCCAAGGCAAUGUUUUGGCAUUUUGUCCCAUGUAAUGUAGCAAAUCGGAUCCACAAUAUUAAUAGCUCAAUAAAAAAGAAAUUCAACCAAAAGUUGAAAUAAACAGCUAAAAGGGCAAGCCACGUAUAACCUGAGGGUCUAUAGUGCUCUAAUAAAACAGUGGAAAACAUAAAACAACUCAAAUGGUCUAAAAAGUCCAGAUACAUCAAUAAAGCCCAACCCAAAGAAACCAAAAAUCUACCCUAAUAGAACCGAGACGCCACCGCCCACCGUUGCAAACAGGACUUUGGGCACACGCCCCAAAAAUUGAAUGAGUGCGCCUCCCUUUUAAAAGAGCGUGGCGAAACGCUCAAUUCAAAAUUGUCACUUGAAUUUAAAGGGAAAAAAAACAUAUUCAUUCAUCGAUAUCCAAUUUUUAUAAUUAAUUAUACACAUGACUAGAUGCUUUUGAUGUCCUUCGUGCGUCUACAAUUACUAUGCAUACGUAUGCACCUCCCUCACUUUGAAUUAGUAUUAACCUGCUUGAAAAUCCUCACUGGAGUGUGGACAAAAUACAGUAAUUUCAACACACUAUUAAGUGCAUGUGCACUGAAUUUGGCUAUAUUAAGAUUCCAUUGUCAUGAUUAAUCCAGGGAAUUUAAGGUGUUUGGGAGCUUAUAUUUUUUCUUUCCAUUUUCAUCCAUUUAGCUUUUUGAUUUUUUCAAUUUUGAUCAGAAUGUAGGGGAGCUUAAGUGGCAACAAAAAUUAGCGGUAAGUCCAAGCAUUUCCCCGAUUGAAACUUGGCAAACCUUUGCGAUCAGGUAGCAAGAGAUAAAUCUUUGCUGAAUCCAUUAGUCCCAAGGUGAACAGCCUAUCUUUGACCAGAUCGGGAGGGAAAUAAUCGAGAUGCGUGUAACCUAUCCGGACAACCCGUCGAACCAAAAACAAAAAACCAAGAAUCCAUGUCACGUGAGUAACUUAGAUGAACUAAUAAUAGAAAACCGAGCCAAAUAAUUGACUUAAAAGUAAUAAGGAUAAGAAUGGCUAAACGUAAUGAAACUUUCCACCACAAAUGUCCUAGUCAGAGCUCCCCUAUACCAUAUGCUUGUAAACCUCUGGAAAAGCCAAUACUAAGUACAAAACACUUUCCUUUUCUUUGAGUAUUCCCCCAAAUCCACCCAAGAACAAGAUGAAAAAAUCCCAAAGUAAGAGCUGAUUCGGAGUGAAUUUUUGUUGUAUUCCUAGCUCUAAGCACUGAUUAAGGGAUACUUCCACCCUCUAUUUGUUCUUUUGUUAAUAAAAUUAUGGAUGAGAGUGUUCAAAUCCUCCUAGUAAUCUUUCCGGCUCAAGGGCACAUCAACCCCUCGCUCCAAUUCGCCAAACGCCUCGUGAAAAUGGGUGUCCGCGUCACUCUCUUAACGGCCUUUUCUGCCGUCAACCGCAUAACCAAAAGCGCCGACGCUGCGCCACGAGGCGUAACCUUUCUCGGCUUCUCUGAUGGGUACGACGACGGCUUCAUAGCUGGCAUGGAUUUCGAUGUCUACAUGCCUGACCUAAGGAGACGUGGUUCGGAAGCAGUGGCAACAGCCAUCACUUCUAGUGCUGACAAUGGAAAGCCCAUUGGGCAUGUGGUCUACACCACCCUUCUCCCUUGGGUAAGCCAGGUCACGCGUGACCUUCACGUGCCAUCCACUCUCCUUUGGAUUCAACCAGCCACCAUCUUGGAUAUUUUCUACUAUUCCUUCUAUGGUAAUGGAGAUUUACUCGAUGAGAACAAAAUAUCUGACCCUUCAUGGUCAAUUGAAUUGCCAGGAUUGCCACGGCUUACUGGCCGUGACCUUCCCUCUUUUCUACUAGCUCCAAAUGCGUUUAAAUUUGCACUGCCUUUGUUUAAAGAGCACAUAGAUACUCUAGAUGAAGAAACAAAUCCGAAAAUACUCGUAAAUUCUUUCGAUGCAUUGGAAUCGGAGGCUCUACAGGCUAUUAAGAAGUUAAAUUUUGUUGCCAUUGGACCACUAAUUCCAUCAGCUUUCUUGGGCGGAAAGGAUCCAUCUGACAAUUCCUUUGGAGGAGAUCUCCUUCCAAAAUCAAAUGACUAUAUUGAAUGGUUGGAUUCAAAACCGAGAGGAUCUGUUAUUUACGUGGCAUUUGGAAGCAUCUCUACUUUAGCGAAGCAGCAAACUGAGGAGGUCGCACGCGGUCUGCUUGAUUGCGGAAGGCCGUUUUUGUGGGUGAUGAGAGGAAAGGGGAAUGGUGAAAAA